GGGUGUCCAGGCUGUGGAGGUGCCAUGGCCAAGUCACACCUGCUGCCAUGGCUGCUGCUGCUGCCCAUACUCUGUGGUCUGGGCUCUGCUGCGGGGACCACCUACUCCCUGGCCUGUGCCCAGGGCCCCACAUUCUGGUGCCAAAGUCUGGAGCAAGCUUUGCAGUGCAGAGCCCUAGGGCACUGCCUGCAGGAAGUCUGGGGACAUGCGGAAGCCGAUGACCUGUGCCAGGAAUGUGAGAACAUCUCCCGCAUCCUCACCAAGAUGGCCAAGGAGGCCAUUUUCCAGGACACAGUGCGCAAAUUCCUGGAGCAGGAGUGCGAUGUUCUUCCGCUGAAACUCUUGGUGCCCCAGUGUCGCCACCUGCUGGACACCUACUUCCCUCUGAUCAUUGACCACUUCCAGAGCCAGAUGAACCCGAAGUUCAUCUGUCAGCACGUGGGCCUAUGCAAGCCCAGGCACCCAGAGCCAGGGAAGGGGCCAGAGCCAUGGGGUCCUCUGCUGGACAAGAUGGCCCUCCCCCUGCUGCCAGGGGCCCUCCAGGCCAAGCCUGGGCCUCAGACACAGGACCUCUCCCAGCAGCGGUUCCCCAUCCCUCUCCCCUUCUGCUGGCUCUGCCGGACUCUGAUCAAACGAAUCCAGGCUGUGAUUCCCAAGGGUGUACUGGCCAUGACUGUGGCCCAGGUGUGCCACGUGGUCCCCCUGCUGGUGGGCGGCAUCUGCCAGUGCCUGGUUGAGCGCUACUCUGUCAUCCUCCUGGACACGCUGCUAGGCCGCAUGCUGCCCCAGCUGGUCUGCGGCCUCGUCCUCCGGUGCUCCAGCGAGGACAGCGCUGGCCCAGCCCUCCCUGCCCUGGGGUCCCUGCCUGGAGAAUGGCUGCCACAAGACUCUGAGUGCCAGCUCUGCGUGUUUGUGACCACUCAGGCAGGGAACAGCAGUGAGCAGGCCAUGCCACAGGCAAUGCGCCAGGCCUGCCUGGGCACCUGGCUGGACAGGCAAAAGUGUGAGCAGUUUGUGGAGGAGCAUGCGCCCCGGCUACAGACUCUGGUGUCCAGCGGCUGGGAUGCCCACAUGGCCUGCCAGGCCCUGGGGACAUGUGCGACUCCAUUCAGUCCUCUCCAGUGUAUCCACAGCCCCCACUUCUGAUGAGAACGCACAGCCAUGGCAGGCUGAACUCAAGGCUCCUGAGGGCCCCGGCAGCACCAUCUCGACUGUCCUCUCUCAAACCCGCUCACCCCUCUGCCCAGAUCCCCGUGGUGUUCAGUGCCAGGCCCGGCUCCCAGCUUGCUGGCCCUCCCCCAGCCCAGAGGGAAGCUUCCGCGCCUGACCAUGGCUUUCCCCUCACAGACCACCCUCUGCAUGCACUGAUCCUCAGUACCAAAUGUGCUUGCACCAAGCCCUGCCUUUCCUGAAACUCAGGGGACACCAGACUUUGCUCCCCAAAGAUGUCAGGAACUCCUCCAUCGCCUGACUCCUCCUACCUGAGACUCCUCCCUGUCUCCCUCAAUGUCACUGGGUCAGAGGUGACCACUUAGGACAGAGUGGGGGUCAGAGGCAGACUCCAUGCCAGGUGCCUCCGGAGAGGGAAGCGCCCCUGAGAAGAGACCUGGCAACUUCACAGUUCUGUCCAGAGCAAGCCCCCAACAUGAAGGUCAUGUAUUCAUCUCUUCUCACUCGUUUUUUUACAAUGCAAUGAGUACCUGUGACCAGGCCACAUUCUUGGAGCAAGAGCUAGAGGUGUGAAUAAAAGAGUGAGCUCCCCCUUCACCCUCCUGGAGCUCACGCCCCAGGGCCCAUCUGCGGGUGGAGGGAAGUCCAGCCUGCUCCAGAGACCCUCCAGAAUCACGAGCCCCUGGGGGAGGUGGUGGGGAGGAAGUGUCUGUGACAAUUCAGACCCUCCCUGCAGGGACAAGUUUAAUGUCAUCCCUCCCCAUUGAUGGCAGCUUCUGGGGCCAGGGGGUGGGGGUGGGGGUCAGGGAGCUGCCAGAAAGAGCUGGGCCUUCCAGCCCUGUUGAAACAGGAAGAGGAGUGGUUGGCACAGAAGGCCUGGGCUCUGGUCUGAACUCUGCCAGCCCCUGGCCGUGGGUCCCCAGCCAAGACACACCACCCCUCUCUGGCCCUCACUCUUCUCAGUGACAAAGGCAGAGCUGGGUGAGGUGGUCUUCAGGACUCUCCAUAUGACAAGACCCCACCUCUGGCUUCCUGCCCUGCCCACACUGAGAAGAAGCGUGGGCUUCAUUCCCAUGCCCCCCUUCCCCAUCUCCUUUCCUCCAAAGGCUCUGAGGCUGGUAGGCCACAGGCCUGCAGAUUGUGCCUUCAGUCCUGGGUCAGCCUGGUAUGUCUUAUCUCUAACCACAGCCUGGAACCAGAGGCACUUCCAUCCACUUUGGGAGUGAGAUGUGGCGAAGGCCUCAUCUUCUGGGCAAGGAAUGCAGAUGGGGCCUCCAGCCCAGGGCCACCUGCACAUCCCACCAGAGCCAGCCCAACGCUCACAACACCCCCAGCACUGGGCUGAGGCGACCUUGUCGUGGGCUCUCAGUCCUUCUCCAAGUCCUGGCGUCAAGAGGACAGUGGGGGGAGAAUCCUGUCCUGGCAUCACUCCCAUCUCCAUGUGCAUGAGAUACUAGCUUUUACGAUCACUCUGCAAACACUUUCACAGAAUUAAAAAUUCAGAAGAAUAAAAGUGGGAACAGAAAGUCCCAGAAAAGACAGACACAUGAAAUCCUUAAACUUUUUUUAAACAUCAAGAAAUCCCUGGUGUGGUCGAAAAUGGGCACAGCGGGGCUCAAUGCUGGUGGACGGUAAUUAGGCACGUUGUAUGUGAAUGUUUUCCUGUUGCUUUUUGUUAAGACGUAAAAGGGGGUUUUCUUUUUAUCUUUUUGUACGGUUGUUGUUCAGUUGUGUGUGACUCUUUGCAACCCCAUGGACUGCAGCACUGUUGAACUUCCAACUUUUGUUAGAAAUGUGAGGGUGGCUCGAUUUCCUGCUGUGAUUUAUCUCCUCAAAGCUCGCAUGGGGCUGGGCACACUGAGGAUUGGUUCCCAGGUAAUACAGCGCCUGUAACGAUGCCAACAAAGUGCCAUCUCCUUGUCCUGAAAGGAAACACACUGCCCUUUAAGAUGCUGCGGAAGCCGCAGCCCCUCCCUGAAGGUAAGCCAGGCUGGGGGCUGCCUCACUCUGCUCCGUGUUGGCGAAAGAGAUGCCCGUGUCGCCUCUUUCUCCUGUCACUGCCUCCAGCCUGAUCCCUACCUGUGACCCUGCCCCCACCAAAGAGUCCUUCCACUGAGAUGAGCUAGGGUGCCCUAAACUCCAAAUAUGCCCUGCAGAAUUAAUCUUCAGCAUUACAGACCUAAAUGCCUGGAAGUGUCCCUUCACUUAUAAAAGAGCUUUUGUCAUUACGUCUCCUAGCAUGAAAAAAAUACACAUUUUUAGAAAGGAUCCUGAUGCUGGGAAAGACUGAGGGCAAGAGGAGAAAAGGGGACAACAGAGAAUGAGAAGGUUGGAUGGCAUCACCGACUCAACAGACCUGAGUCUGAGCAAACUCAGGGAUAUAGUGAAAGACAGGGAAGCCUGGUGUGCUGCAGUUCGUGGGGACGCAAAGAGUCGGACACGACUUAGCAACUGAACAACAAUAACCACAUGUUUAUUGUAGAAAAUUCAGAAACUGCAGAUGAGAAAAGAGUAGAAAUCACCCACAAUCCUACCAGUCCCAGGAGAGAGCCAUAGCAGACGGAGACUGUGCCCCUGAACUACAGACUUUUCCAGUCCACCUGGCUACACUUUGGUUCUACCCUGAACGGCUCCACUGUUCAAGCAGGGAAAGCUUAUUAUACAACCUCCUGUCGGGGCAGGGACGGACACAAACCCUUGGCCUCAGAAUUUGAAGUUUUAAAGAAGUCUUCUUGUAAAUCUAUAGCAGACCUUUGUCUUGAAUGCCAUCACUUCAAUUACAAGUUCAAGCUCUCUGAGACAAAGAGUGUUUUACAUUUUGAAAAAAGCUUGGUUGGGAAGAUGAAGAUCUACAGCCUGGAGGAGAGGAGGCAUUAACUGUUAACCCUGGAAGCAAGCAUAACAAUGAGCUCCUGAUAGCCGAAGAGGAGGCCUCAUUCAAAAGGCCAGGAACUGGGACUUCCCUGGUGGCCCAGUGGUUAAUAAUCUGCCUUUCAAUUCAGGGGAUGCAGGUUCGAUCCCUGGUCAGGGAACUAAGAUCCCACAUGCCGUGGAGCAACUAAGCCUGUACACUGCAGCCACUGAGCCCACACGCUCUGGAGCCCAUGUGCCAUGACGAAAGAGCCCACAUGAUGCAAUGAAGAUUCCAUGUGCCACAGCUAAGACUCAGGGCAGCCAAAUAAAUACAUAAAUAAAAAGUUAAAAAAAAAAAAAAGAUCAGGAGCUGAUCCCCUGUGGGAGGAGAGAACUGGCAGGAAGAGCCAACCUCUGUCUCCAGCUGAGACGCAGGAGUCCCUGAGAUGUGUUCAGCACCCUGCACUCCCAAAGAAGGUGGGAAGGAGAAGCCCCAGGAGGGGUUAGGGCCCCAGUGCAUGGGGGGCUUGUUCUUCAGUUGCCAGGGUAUGGCCUGAGGAGGACACAUCAGAGUGGACUCUGGGAGGGACCCAGGUAGGAGGGCUUGGGGGCUGCCUCAGAGGGAGCCCCUCAGUCAGUCACUUCAGUUUAGUCGCUCAGUCACGUCUGACUCUUUGCAGCCCCAUGGACUGUAGCAUGCCAGGCUUCCCUGUCCAUCACUAACUCCAACAUAUCACUGCUAAUUGCUUUUUUUAUAAAACCUUUUUGUUUUUUAAAGCAACUAUUAUCAACAAUGUUGUGAAGAAUAAAAAUCCUGGCAGUAA